AUGAGUACCAUUGGGUGUAUGAUAGAUGUUGAUGGAGUACUUGUUCGUGAUGGGAAAGAGAUAGAAGGAGCUUCGGAGGGCAUUAAAAUGUUGGAAAGGGCACAAGUGCCAUUUGUUCUUGUGACGAAUGGACAUGGGAAUAGUGAGUAUAAAUCGUCAUUGGUGAGUAAAGCCCUAAGGGUUACUAUUAGCCCUGAACAAACACUUUUGGCAGUCACCCCAUUGAUAGACUUACUUGAUAAGUACCAAGAUAAAGGUGUUAUGGUUGUUGGCAAAAAACCCGAUUACGACACAAUCGCGAAUUUUGGGUAUCAGAAAAUUGCGUUUUAUGAAGACUUUGCGACGACAUGUCCGUCUGAGUUUCCGGACUAUAACGCGAAAACAAGUGCCAGAAGUGUUGUGGGGUCUCUGAGUGUUGAAACCCCAAUAGAAGCAAUUUUUGUGAUGCACACGCCAUUGAACUGGGGAGAAGCAAUUCAAAUUAUUUGUGACAUUCUGCGUUCUAAAAGUCGGACGUUUGCCGCGCUGCAAAAGAACGAAACGACAAAUGAACAACAAAUUCCUAUUUUUGUGUGUAAUCCGGAUUUCGACUACGCCGGACAAUUUCCGUUGCCAAGACUCACGGUCGGAGCGUUUUGUAAAUGUCUCCAGGCCAUUUGGUGCCAAAUGAGUGGUAAAGAGCUCGAAGUGACUUAUUAUGGGAAACCAUACAAAACAAUUUACGAAAAGGCUGAACAUUUGUUGCACGAAAAGAACUCCAAAAUUACGCGAUUUUAUGGAAUAGGAGAUAACCCAGUUUCGGAUAUUCGUGGGGCAAAUAACAUGAAAAAGGAGUCGAAGUUUGAGUAUAAAUCUGUUUUGGUCGAGUCUGGAUGUUCUUCUAAAAAGGCCCUUGCAAUGGAUAUUCCAGAUGUUACAACCACUUCAUUUUUGGAGGCCGUUCGGACUAUACUCGAAGAAAAUGGCAUUACGACUAUAUUUUGA